ACCGUGUUUUCCCCCCUCACAGAAACAUGGCAGCGAACAGGCCGAACUCGGAGGCAGACGAGGUUCUGGUCACCGACGAGGAGCUGGAACAGGCUCUGUGUGUGCUGGCGGGAAGCGAUGCAGAAAACUGCUCCUAUUCUCGGGGUUACGUGAAGAGGCAGGCGGUGUUUGCCUGCAACACCUGCACUCCCAGUGCUGCAGAGCCUGCUGGGGUUUGUCUGGCCUGCGCCAAUAAAUGCCAUGAUGGGCACGAGAUUUUUGAACUGUACACCAAAAGAAAUUUUCGCUGCGAUUGUGGAAAUGCCAAGUUUGGCGGUUUCCAGUGCCAGCUCGUCCCGGCUAAAGACGAGAACGUUAAGAAUCGUUACAACCACAACUUUGGCGGCCGCUACUGCAUAUGUGACCGUCCAUACCCAGACACGGAUGAGCAGGAUGACGACGAAAUGAUUCAGUGCAUUGUCUGCGAGGAUUGGUUUCACAGCAGGCACUUGGGCUGUGCUGUGGCUGAACCAGAGGAGCUGCAAGAGAUGAUCUGUGAGGCCUGCAUGAACAAAGCUCCUUUCUUGUGGACGUAUGCCGUUCACCUCGCAGUGCUUCCUGUGAUCAAUGUCAGUCACUCCGAGGAGGAUGCGGAGGUCAACGUUGAGGAAACCGAGGAACAUCAAAGCAGGGAGGAGGAACCAACCACUAGUGAUGAUCAUACAAAGGAAGUGGAGAACAGGUGUUCCCCAGGCAAACGAACUCACGGGGGAAUGACGAGCUGCUCUUUAAGGGGCACAAAUGGAAGUGCGGCGUGCAGGCUGAAGGAGCUGCAGGCGCAGGGGUUAGCCAGGCUGAGGCAGGGAGCAGUGUUCUGGCCCUACGGUUGGCGCUCGGACCUUUGCAACUGCACGAGCUGCAAGAAGCUUUAUGUGGCUACAGAAGUUCAGUUUCUCCUGGACCAAUCUGACACUGUUCUGGCCUAUGAGAAGAGAGGAUUGGAGGCACCGUUUGGGCAGCACCCACUGAUGGCACUGAUAAGCUCGAUGGACCGUGUGCAGCAGCUGGAGGUCAUUUACGGUAUCAAUGAGCUGACCGCUGCGAUCAGUGAGUUUUUCGAACAGUGCGUUUCUGAAAGAAAGACUGUCACAGUUGGAGCCAUACAUGAACUUUUUGAAGAACUGCGAGAAAGAAAAAGACGCAGAACCAAUCCAGGAUAUGAGUAA